AUGAUCUAUCUAUCUAUCUAUCUAUCUAUCAGUCUGUUCAUAUCUAUUUAUGCCUGUUUAUAUCUAUCUAUCUAUCUAUCUAUCUAUCUAUCUAUCUAUCUAUCUAUCUAUCUAUCUAUCUAUUUAUGCCUCUAUCUAGCUCUGUUCAUUAUUUAUGCCUGUUUUAUCUAUCUAUCUAUCUAUCUAUCUAUCUAUCUAUCAGUCUGUUCAUAUCUAUUUAUGCCUGUUUAUAUCUAUCUAUCUAUCUAUCUAUCUAUCUAUCUAUCUAUCUAUCUAUCAGUCUGUUCAUAUCUAUUUAUGCCUGUUUAUAUCUAUCUAUCUAUCUAUCUAUCUAUCUGUUCAUAUCUAUUUAUCUAUCUAUCUAUCUAUCUAUCUAUCUAUCUAUCUAUCUGUCUGUUCAUAUCUAUUUAUGCCUGUUUAUAUCUAUCUAUCUAUCUAUCUAUCUAUCUGAUUCUGUUUAUUGUCUACCUAUCUUUCUAUCUAUCCCUGUUUAUAUCUAUCUGUCUUGUUCAUAUCUAUCAAUCAAUCUAUCUAUCCAUCUCAGUCUGUUCAUAUCUAUUUAUCUAUCAAUCAAUCUCUGUUCAUAUCUAUUUAUCUCAGCCUUUUCAUAUCUAUCUAAGUUUGUUCAGAUCUAUCUUAUGUUCAGAUCUAUCUAUCUAUAAUAUAUCAAUCUGUCUCACCUGUACACACCUAUCUAUCUCAAUCUGUUUGCAUGCAUCUAUCUAUCUAUCUAUCUAUCUAAUGUUAUCUUUCCAUUACACUUUUUCUUUUGACUUUCUUUCCUUAACCCAGCUUUCUAUUUUACAAAGCAUUCCUCUAUUUUCCUACUUGUUUCUUCUCUUCUUCCUCUUCUCCUUCUUUCCCGCCAAUGUUCAUUUCUUUGGUCUCUUCCGCCACAACGCCCCUCCUCCACUUGGCACAUUUUACUAUAUUCCACUUCCACUUCUUCUGCACCUCCCUCACACUAUACCUCUUCGUUCUUAUUCCCUACAUGUAAUUCUUCUUGCUCCUACUCUCCUCUACUCCCUCAAUCUAUACACCAUCCUCCCUCUCCCCCUCUUCCUCGCCGAUCUCCCGUCACGCGUACGCAUACACGUGCACCCUCGCACACAUGUUAUGCAGAGGCCAACUGACUGA